UUCUAUCAUCCAAACAAAGCUCCUGAUUACUUCUAUAACUAUUUCAAUAUUUCUCCAGCGAAACGUAAAAGGGUCUCAACUUGCAUUACAUUUCCAAUGGCAAGUCAAAGCACUGGAAAUGGCAAUGGCGGUGCAGGAUUCAAAGCAAAACUAGAGCAUUUUCUCUACAGCGGGGAUAAGAAGCAUGUUUUCGGUGGCCUUGUCGUUAUCACUGCUGUUUUCGCCGUCCCUUGGUACUUCAUGACUCGAGGUUCAAAGCAACAUUCUCAUCAAGAUUAUUUGGAAAAGGCCGACAAAGCAAGAAAUGCACGUCUUUCUUCAUCUUCAACUAAAUGAUACAAACUUUACUUGUCAUAGUGCUAUACUCCAAUGGAUCUAGGCAAUACAGGAAAUCUUUAUGAGCUUAGUUUCAGAAAAUAUCGUUUUGUUGUUUGCCCCAUGAUUGCAAUAUUUUUUUCCGUGUUUAUUUUAAGAACUCAGCUAGUGAUCGAUAUUUUUGGAUCCUAGUAAGAGGAAAUAUCAAGAUUCUACUUUUUGUGUUUUUCAUAUCACUUGUUAUUGAACCAAUAAGUGAUUCUAAGUGAAGAAUUGAAAUGCAAUAAAAAAGCGUAAAAUAAUUAAUGAUGAUUUUUUUAUUAUCA